GCUUUUCAACUUACCCCGCCAAGUUAUGCAACAUCCGAGUGGAAAUAAGACCUGUUUCAUUACGUAGACUUAAAUAGGGAAAAAUAUGAACUCAAACAUGAUCCACGUGCGUGUGGUGCGAGCCACGACGUCUUUCCUCGCGCUCCGACCAGGUGCUUUUCGCCGGUGGUGGUGGCCCCAGGUGGAGCCUUACACUUCUCGUCCUACCCUCGGGAGUGCGUACCGCACGCUUCACAGCCGUACCGCUUCGUCAUCACCGUCUGCUGCACCUCCGCGCUUUAACGAUCCCAUCAGCAUCGAUGCGUCACAGCACUCUGCCGCCGCUGCUGCCGGCGAGCCACCAGGCGCCUCCGCUUCCACCUCAUUUACCGCUGUCAGCAACGCACCACCGCCUCCUCGGCGGCUUCUCUUCCUGCCGGCUGCCGACUCCUUCGCUCAGUCGCGCGUAAAAAACUAUCUACAACGCAUCCUCGCCACUCCCGCUCCGGAGGGCACAAUGGCGGCUUCUUCAACAGGUAAGAGCAGCAAGACCGGCGCAACCACAAACAGCUUCAGCUUUGCCGACGUCGUUCCCCGUAAGCUUUCCGCAGAAGAAAAAGAGUUGUACACGACGAUUGCGGAGCCAAGCCACGCGUGGACCUCAUCGUUUGAGUUACCGGUGGACGUCUUUGUCAGCGACCGUCUCACGCGCCGAUACAUUACGGCAACUGGUGUGGCCGUAGAGCCGAAGACGUCCAUCAUCGCGGCCUGCAUGCACGCAGAGCGCUGCCUUGACGCCCUGCGCAUCCCUCUCUUCACCUCGCAACAGCGACAGCACCAGCGUGUGCUGCAGGCGCAGGCGGAAGGCCGCACCUCCGCGGAGGUGUCCGACGUGCCACACGAGUUGUCGCGGGUGGUGCUGCCGCCGCCAGUGUGCCUGCCAUCCGGCGCGAGUGCGCAAACGACACAGCGACUCGCCUCUUACCAGCCGAGGCGUGAGCGGAACGCGCACCCCACCGCAAGGGGGUCCUCUUCUGCUGGCUCGGGAUUCGACACAUCCGCGGAGAGCAAAGGCGCGGACAACGGGACGAGUGGCGGUCACAGUCGUCCUCCACAUCAACGGAGGAAUACGAAGAAACCACGAAGGCGCUUCGAUAGCUACGUGACUCGCUACGGCGGCGACCCUUUUGUGCGUACCGCACUCAACGAGCUCGCCGCCUUGCAGUCGACACUGUUCGCGCACAACCGCCCUAACGACGGAGAUGACGAUGUCGUGGAUGACGAGCAAGAGUUGGACUCGAUUCGCAUCACCGCCGAGGAGGUGGCCAUCCUCCAGCCGGAGUUGCUCCCACGUGAGCGCACGCCAGGUGCGGUCCCGGGGCACGAUGAGCGUACCAAGCCAAUGCAAACGACGGUUACGACACAAGCGCACCCUGUCACGCGGGAGACGGAGUUGUACCAAUACUCACACAAAAGUCGCAUUGCGAAGAUCGAUGAGACUGAGGACGGCCUGUACGAUUUGGUGGACGGCUUUGACGGGGAAUGGGCUAUGGAGCCGGAUGUGCCGGGGCCGUGGUGUCUACGCGACGCGGGCGCUGUUGCGCGCGUCGACAAGUACGUGCAGCGGGUCAGCGGCCACUCCUUCAAGGAUUCGGUGCAAGUGCACUUCACCGAGGAAGACACAUUCCAGUUCCUUCAGGACAAGUCCCGCUACGGGGUGGAGCAGAAGCGGUGGUACACGGCCUCGCUGGACCUAAGCGAGAUUGGCGUCCGCGCCGUCGGCAAGGGUACGACGCAGGCGGUGGCCUUCGACCUGUGUGCGAUGCACGCGGAGCGGCUGUUGCAGUGGUUCGGGCGGCCCCUUUACACCAACCCACACGCGCAGGCGUUGUACUACGACGCGUGUCUCAAGUGGGGCCGUCACAUGGCUGCCGCGCCUAUCGACCCGUCGACCGUGAACGUGCUGAGCGCGAAGCUGCCAAAAGCGAUGAAGGAGUGGUUCCGCAGCAGGAAGAUGCGCGUUCGUGGCUCGGAAAUGAACGUGAUGGAGAAGCUGCUGUUACUCAACCGGACCGUUGUGCACGCCUACCGCAAGCACUUGUUAGAGGCGGAUAUCUUCGCUACGGACAAGUACACGGAGCUCUUCUCCCUGGUCGAGCCAUGCGUCCGCUCCUUCAUGGUUGCCAUGCAACACCCUUUUGAGAGUGCGUACUUCAGCCUCGUCUACCAGAAGGACUCGCAGUACCGCACAACGAUUUACCUACCGCUUCCCGACCGCUACGGCGCACGCGGCGGCUACGCGAUCGCCUCCACGCCCCAAAACGGCAUCAAACUCGCUGCGUUGAGCGCAGUGGACGUGCUGUGCGCGCUAGAUGUGAUCCCGCCGGUGUGCAUGGCGCAGCCACGGUGGCAGCGUCUGAUGGAGCUGCGAGAGUCGUUUGGGUUGUUGCUGCCGCCGUCCUACGUGCACCAGCGACUCAUGGAAAACGCAGCGACGGACGCGGCGCGGGCCGCCGUCGGUCCGCCGCCACCGCCGCCGCACCCCCUCCUUCGUUCGCCUCCGGGAUACCGGGAAACGCUGGGGCUGACGACCGUCAUUGCGCGACAUGAAGAUGUGUGGCGGAUUAUGCUAUUGGAUGCUGACAUCUUCGAUGUUGUUCCGGGCACCGCAGAACUUAAGAAAUCCUCCAGGAACCACGGGGGUUUCGAUUACGCGGUAUUGCCCCUUGAUUUUUUUCGAGAAGCGGUUUCCUACCUGUUUCAUUGGAACGUAAGGGUGGGCGAGGAGCACCGUCACAUGUUUAAUUACACCGGUGCCCAGCGCUACCUACAUUUCCGCAAGACCAGUGCAAACAACUUUUGGAUGGAGUUGCCGUUGGAUGAGGCCAUUUAUGGGAAGCGUAUCGCGAUGGGGCGGUGCCUCACUCGGAGAGGGGCGGAGCGUAUGAUGUGCAUCCACGCCUUGCGCAUUCUCCGCACACUGAAGUUAGCGCCGUGGGACCUGCUCGGCACUGCGAAGCUGGCAUGCGUCAUGUACGACGCUAACCUGCAAAAAGCUGAUAAGCGAGUUCGACAGUGGAAGUGGCUGUGCGCUGCGGUGCUCGACGGACGCGCUGAUGAGGAAGGUGAGCAGUUAAACCUCUCCAUCCCCGAAGCAGAGAUUACGAUGGAUGUGGUGACAAACAACGGCGGGCAGCUUUCCAGCGAUGCGACAGUAAACGAAACCACUAUGUUGAUUGACAUGAAGCACGUUCUUUCUCCCCACCCGGUGAUGUCUCGUGAGCUUGCCGUGGGCACCUUUGGUUAG